UACCGCUGGUCGAUCUGCAGAUGUUGUUUGGUGGAGCGAUUAAGCGGCAGGAAGACUGAGAGGGCCCUACCCUAUUCGACCUAUCGUAUAUCGCGCAAAGAUGAUCUCGCCGAAGCCUCGCAGAUGGAACGAAAAGGUGGAAUAUGUGGUUGUGGAGAGGGAUAGUGUUACUGGGGAUGAACAGGAGGCCGGGUCCAAUGCGACACCCACACCAACCAUCGAUCAGAUAUUGUCACGGUCGUACACGAAGAGACAGCAACCUACUACUACGGACGAUGGGAACGACAGUGACGAUGAGGAUGACUUUCGAACGCCUUUCACGACUGCCACGCCACCAUCUGGAGGACCCCCACCGCUACUGAUCACGAUGACACUGUCGCAAACCCUGGCUACUGUUGGAGCCUUGGCAGACAACGAUCCUACGGAGACCGUUGUUGUGUCUCUGCAACCACCCCCAAAGCCUCACCACAAUGGCGGUGGUAACGGACGCAUAUCGCAGACAACAGAGCAUCUCCUCAUUGCUGCUGGCUCAAUCGGUGCUACGAUUAUUGUCGUGAUGCUUGUGUUGGCUUUCUACACAAUGCGCAGGCGGGGACUGUCGUUCUCGGAUGUAGUCAGACAAGGCAAGAACCAGGUAACAAGGCGUGUUGGUCAGGGAUCCGGCUCAAAGUACGAUUGGGAUAAUAAGCAAAAUCUUGAGCAGAGGUAUUCUGUCAGGAAUGACGCAGUCUACCCUCCUCCACCAGCUGCCAUGGGCACUCGAUCCGGUUCUCUCUCGUCACAAACUCGCGUACAGCCUCUGGGCCGCAGCGAUAGUUUCCGCAACGGCUCCUCCGACAAGACGCAGCAAAGCUUCCUUCUUGAAGAUCCACCAUCGCGAAUGAACUCCCACAAACGCAACAAUAGCGCCGCGCCAUCUUCCACUGUUCUUGGAAUGCAGGGCCAACGAAGCAGCGACUCGACACACAAUACCAGGUCCAUGGACGAUGACGAUGAGUACAUGCAACAGCAGCAAGUAGCACCUCGACAACCGGCGCCUCCAACAUUCAAACAGUUUAUGUCGAACCGCCCGUCCAUCUCGCAACGACCUGGACUCGGCGGUAUGGCCAGUAGAUUCAGCUGGACCAACUCUCAGGCACCACAAACCCCCCAUGAUCCCAACCGCGACACAAUGAACCAGCCUUUGGGACGUGACAGCUUUAUGACGAACCGAUCAUCAGUGCCUCGUUUCCGUACCAUCAACUCAUGGGUGAACCAGCAAUCAAACCGCGUUGAGGAGCAGAAGCUUAGGGAACAGUACCGCAUGACGCAAAGCUCCGCCUACUCAGAAGACAUGAACGGCGACGUGGUCCCCGAGAUGCCUCCUGUGCCAAAGACCUACAAACAAACCGGCGGGCUUGCCGGCAAAGAUAUCAAGCACCAACGCCAUCAAACCAACACAUCAGUUGGCACAGCACCCAUCUUCAAGCAACACCCAGGCACAGAAGUACGCUUCAGCACACGAAGCACAGUACCUUCAGAGAUCCUGGACAUGGGCCGGAAGAAUUCAGUACUGAGAUGACAGUCCUGACGGCGUUCAGUGUUUCCUACCUCUAGCGUUUCUUUUGAGUACCCCAUCAGCAUUUCAGCGCAUCAGGGAUAACAGUGACUUGGGCAUGCCAUGGCACGAGGCAC